UUGGAGAAAUUUUCGCCUUAUCCAUGGCCGAAAUGGAAUAAAAGUGCUGGUUAUUUGACAGAAAAAGGUGCGUUGAUGGAAGAAUAUAUGGGUGAAUAUAUUUAUAAGUGGCUAAUUAGGACUAAGCUUUAUAAAGACGGUUGCCCGGACAAAAACUCUGUACUUAUUUACGCAAAUACAAAACAGAGGACUCGUGAAUCUGCGAAGGCGUUUGUGCGAGGCGCUUUCUUAAAUUGCAAUAUAAGUGUUUUUAGUAUAGAUUCCGAAGACGUGGAUCCUAUUUUCAACCCAGUUUAUCAUGAUGACACUAAAGUUGUCAAAGAUCCUAUUAUUAAUGAAAUGCAAAUGAAAUUAAGAGAUCUUGAUUUAAGGAAAUCUUAUUUGGAACUGGAAGAAAUAUUGAAUUUGAAAGAUUCUGAUAUUUGCAAAAAGGAGGGUCAAUGCAAUCUUGCUGAUACAAUUGAUAAAAUUACUUACGAAAUUGGAAAAGAACCUAAUGUAUAUGGGCCUUUAGAUUGGGGAAAUGCAAUAAUUGAUUCAUUUCUAAUGAGUUACUAUGAUGGUUACGCAAUAGAAAAUGUUGCUUGGGGUAAAAUUAAAAAUUCCGAACAAUGGAAGUACUUGACAAAAAUAACAAAAGAAAAUCAAAAUGUACGUUUCAACGGUACUUUAUUAGCGAGAGAAGUCGCAAAACCUCUACUAGCUUAUGUAUCUUCGGUAUUGAAUGAAGAAAAACAAUUGAAAUUCAUUUUGCUUAAUGGACAUGAUUCUAAUAUAAACUCUCUGAUGGCAUCUCUUGGUAUUAAAGGUUACUUGUUACCAGAGCAAUAUGAAACUACACCAAUAGGUGGAAAGUUAGUUUUCGAGAAAUGGUACGAUGAGGUACGAAAUAAAAAUUUGUUAAAAAUGGAAUUUGUAUAUCUAACUGUGAAACAACUAAGAGAUGGUUCAAAAUUAUCAAUAAAUAAUCCAGCACGAUGGGUUCAACUGUCUAUGAACGAUUGUCCUAUUGACUCAAAUGGUUUUUGCCCUUGGGAUGACUUUAUUAAAGUAUUAGACAAUGUAUCGGGUGUUUGA